AUGCCUUCCUCAAAAACAGACACGGCGAUGCGCUUCCCCGAGAGUGUUGACCAGCAGACCCGGCUGCGCAACACCACCCAGGAUAAAAAGUCGGCAUCAAGAGCGCAGGCCCAGGCAAGCACAGGCAAGAAAAAGGCCGAGGAAAGUACGACGUUGUCACCCAACCAGCUACUCGCCGAGCACAUGAACGCGGCCGGUGACCCAGUGCCUGAUCCCGUCACCUAUGGCGGUAGCGCCCGUAUGAAGAGUGACAGUUUGACAGACGAGCCCGACGUCUUCGAGGCAAUGAAUGCCGAGACCGCGGACUUCGACUAA